AUGGGGCGAGGGCGCGCGUCCCAGGAGGGAGCCCAGAGUUGGCAAUGUGGCCGAGCAGGGGCUGGGGGCGGCCGCUGCCAGAGCCUAGCGGGGGCCGGAGGGAGGGGGCGAGGGGUGCCCAGACCCAAGGAGGAGGUGGUGCAGGGCGCGGGCCGCGGCUGGGACGCUGGGACCCGGAGAGUGCGCGCUCCAGGCAGGCUCUGGGAAGUAAGGGAUCCAAGCAGCUCCCUUUCUCUCGCUUUCCUCCCUCCCCUCUCUCCUCCCUCUCCUCCUCCUCCUCCUCCUCCCUCCGCCCUCCCUAGACGUGGGCUGCCGGCUUUAGCCCGGAGGGACGGGACGCGGGACGGAGAAGCCCCCCGCGGGAGGAGGGGCUGCGCCGGGGGCGGCUGCCCCGCGGCCGGAUGGCGCGCGCCGGGGAGGGGCCGCGGGCGGCAGGCGGAAGCGGCCGACCCCCAGCCCCCCGACUCGGCGCUUGAAAUGACAGGAUGCGAGAGAACGAGCGACGUCCGGGGGCAGCCGGCUCCGGGCCGGCGUUUUCAGGGCACAGCUUCAAACCCACCUCCAGCGCCGGGUCCUCGCAAACCUCCCAGCCUCCGCGCGCCGGCCUUCGCUCUCCGCUAGGCUUCACGGGCCCCCUGCUCAGGCUCCUGGCACGGCCCUUAGCAGACUGUUCUGGAAUUAUUUACCUGGUUGCCUCCCUUACUCUCUUGGGAGAGCCUUCCCGCCAGACAACAACACCGUGCCCUGUUUCUCUUUAUAAUCCCACGGCUAUUUAA